AUGCGAGUCGGGGUGCAUUCUGGGAACGUGCUGUGUGGCGUCAUCGGCCUCCAGAAGUGGCAGUACGAUGUCUGGUCACAUGACGUCACUUUAGCCAAUCACAUGGAGGCAGGGGGCGUGCCAGGGUAAGAUCAACCAAUAGGGGGUCUGCUGUUUCUUAAAAUAAUUCCCAAGACUUAUUUGUAUUUUCAAACCAUUUGGCUUAUGAUUAUUAUUCACAGCGUCACCCCCCCCCCCCCCCCCCUUCUUUUCCUCUCUCUUCCUCCCUCUCACUUCUUCUCUCCUCCCCAAGGCGUGUCCAUAUCUCCUCAGUAACAUUGGAGCAUCUGAAGGGGUCCUAUAAGGUGGAACCAGGGGAGGGACAGAGUAGAGACUUUUACCUGAAGGAACACGGAGUGAUCACUUACCUGGUCAUCAACCCCAAGGUGAGACCUGAGAAUGUGGUCCAAACGCGGUCAACACACAAACACAAUUUAUUGUUUAUAUACUACUGUUAAUAAUGCAUAAAUACUACAAUAGCUGUUUGAUUGAAUUGAUCAAUAGAUCUUAAAGAAAAAAAAGAAACAAGUUUGACUUUCUCCAACCUGAUUGGUUGUCCAGGCUGAAAGGCGGAGUCCCCACCUGUGCGCGCGUUCUCGUUCCUCUUUGGACGGAGGGAAGAUGAGGGCAUCGGUCAGAAUGACUCGGUACCUGGAGUCCUGGGGGGCGGCCAAACCUUUUGCUAACCUGCACCAUCGAGACAGCAUGACCACUGACAACGGCAAGAUAAACACUACGGUGAGUACACAUAUAAACACACAUACAUAAACACACACACAGAAACACACACACUCGUGUCCAGCCUCACCUUCUGUGAUUGUGUGUUUCAGGAUGUUCCAAUGGGCCAGUAUCACUACCAGAGAAGAGAGAGGUGAGACUUAAAGAUCAGUCAUCUUUCCUUUACACCAGACCACCAGACUUUACCCCUACAGAUCAGUCAUCUUUCCUUUACACCCGACCACCAGACUUUACCCCUACAGAUCAGUCAUCUUUCCUUUACACCCGACCACCAGACUUUACCCCUACAGAUCAGUCAUCUUUCCUUUACACCCGACCACCAGACUUUACCCCUACAGAUCAGUCAUCUUUCCUUUACACCCGACCACCAGACUUUACCCCUACAGAUCAGUCAUCUUUCCUUUACACCCGAUCACCAGACUUUACCCCUACAGAUCAGUCAUCUUUCCUUUACACCAGACCACCAGACUUUACCCCUACAGAUCAGUCAUCUUUCCUUUACACCCGACCACCAGACUUUACCCCUACAGAUCAGUCAUCUUUCCUUUACACCCGACCACCAGACUUUACCCCUACAGAUCAGUCAUCUUUCUUUUACACCAGUCACGUCUUAAGACCACAACACCACAGGAUAGAAUAUUGUUCAACAUACUCAACAUACUGUGUGUUCGGUAUCCCCUCAGGACUAAAUCUCAGAAGAGACGGUUUGAAGAGGAACUGGAAGAGAGGAUGAUCAGAACCAUCGACGGCAUCAACUCACAAAAGUUAGUACUACUACACACCUGAUUUAUUCUAUUUCUAGAACAUUGACAGACAUUUUCUGGCACGAAAGGAUGUUAUGCAUCACCGAGUUAGAUAGGUGCUUCACGUUGGUGGUGGAUGAGGUGAGUUCACCACCUUAUUAACUAAAGCUCUUUGAGUCCUUGUGAAAAGUGUGUUGUAUAAUCAUUUGUAUGAAUCACUUAGUUCAGUACCUCACCAACAAUUAUGUGACAAGUGGAUUUACGUUAAAUUAAAUUAAAAUCAAAAUACGUCCUUUAUCCCACAAGGGGGAUUUAUGUAGGCAGGAGUGCAGAUACUUAAAGAACAACAUACAAUAACAAACGAAACAAUAGUUAUUAAAAACAUGACGUGUAAUGGAAAAAACAACAACUCACAAAUACAUUGAAAUUAUGGUUGGAAGGAGGAAAUUCUGAAGUGGACGUGUCUUAAUAAUGUCACUGAUGGAUUGCUAGUGUCUGUGUGAAUCGCUGUCUGUGUCUCUGUGUUCUCUUCUCUGUAGGCAGUGGCUGAAGUCUGAGGACAUCCAGAGGAUCUCACUGUUCUUUCACAACAAGAUUCUGGAGAAGGAGGUACUGUAGGACAACAACACUGCUGUUCAGUCAAAUGAAAACACAAAUGAAUAUGACAUAUUGUGCCACUAGUCCACUGUUGCCCCAGACAAACAUGCAGUGAUUCCAUUUAAAAAAUGAUUGCUGUGAAAGUAUUCAGAGUUAGACUGUGAAGUUACAGUGAAAAUGGUUCAUUUUGACCACCACCUGUUGACCAUGUGUGUUGAUGUCCCCAGUAUCGAGCCACCACUCUGCCAGCCUUUAAAUACUACGUCACCUGUGCCUGUCUCAUCUUCUGCUGCAUCUUCAUAGUGCAGAUACUGGUCCUGCCCAAGUAAGUCUGGUCCCUACCUAGUACACUUCAAAGCGCCCUUCACAGUAUGGAAACAGUACUUGUCCUGUGCAUCUGUACUCUUCACAGUACCUUUCAUAGUACCCUUCAUGGUACCCACCAAUGUUCAGAUACUACUUAGCAUACAACCUGCAUAGUAUGGUCUUAUAGUACCCCUCACAGUUGGAAUACUAGUCGUGUCAAAAGCCAUUGAAGUCAGUGUUCUUUUCUCUAUAAAAACCCAGAACAUUGCAAUUACACAGUGUGACAAGGUCAAAAAUAAAAGUGAUCAAUUGAGUCACAUCAAUAAGGUCCUCAAGCAGUGCAAAUGAUAUUACAUUAAGAGAAUCAUAGAAGAACAAGAUCAUUAAGAAGGAUGCGGAAGAAAAGAAAGAAUAAAGAAAUGGUCAGAACAACGACAUGAAGUGAAGGAGCAGAAGAUAAAAAGAACAGUGCCGAUAUCACGGCUGAAAGAAGAAGGGAAAGCCAAGAAUCAUGGUCACCAGUAAAAAACGUACAGUAGAAAAGAUGUCCUGUAAAAAGAAAAAAGAACUCAAAGACCAGAAACCGAUGUUCAGAAAUAAUAGAAACACAUAAUGAUCUAAGUAAAAAAAGUAGAAUACUAGAGCAAAAAAGAUAGAAUAAACAGAAGAAAAAGGAAAUAAAAAGUAGAGACAUAAUAAGCAAAAAACAAAGAAAAAGAACAGAAAAAGAAAAAGAAAAGAAAGAAAAGAAAAGAAAAAGAAAGAAAGAAAAGAAAAGAAAGAAAGAAAGAAAGAAGAAAGAAAAGAAAGAAGAAAAGAAGAAAGAAAGAAAGAAAGAAAACACAGAUGAAAAGAUAUGAAGAUCUGAUGAUGGUUUUAAUGUGAAUCAACAGAUCUGGGUCUGAGAUAUCGAGGAUGAUGAUGAUGAUGAUUAUGAUAAAGAUUAUGAAUAUUACUUUGAUGAUGACAAGGAUAAUGAUGAUGAUGAAGCCUCAUUAUGAAAGGAAAAAAGGUCCAUCAUUUAGUUAAUUGUCUGUGUUUACAGGAGCCAGGAGCAGUAGAGCCAUAGAGCCAGAUACUAAAAGCAUCAUAUAUUUUAGACAUGACAUCAUUGUUUUAUGACACGCUUAAAUCAACCGUCUACUUACACUACCGGUCAAAAGAUUUAGAACACCUACAAAGGUUUUUCUUUAUUUUUACUAUUUUCUACAUUGUAGAACAAUAGUGAAGACAUCAAAACUACAAAAUAACACAUAUGGAAUCAUGUAGUAACCAACAAAGUGUUAAACAAAUCAAAAUCGAUUUUAUAUUUCAGAUUCUUAAAAUAGCCACCCUUUGUCUUGAUGACAGCUUUGCACACUCUUGGCAUUCUCUCAACCAGCUUCAUUAGGUAGUCACCUGGAAUGCAUUUCAAUUAACAAGUGUGCCUUCUUAAAAGUUCAUUUGUGGAAUUUCUUUCCUUCUUAAUGCGUUUGAGCCAAUCAUUUGUGUUGUGACAAGGUGUGUGUGUGUGUGUGGGGGGGGGGGGCAAAGCAAAGAGAAAUGACAGUCCAUCAUUAAGCAAAGAGAAACGACAGUCCAUCAUUGCCUUAAGACAUGAAGGUCAGUCAAUACGGAAAAGUGCAGUCGCAAAAACCAUCAAGCGCUAUGAUGAAACUGGCUCUCAUGCAGCCCAAAUAAAUGCUUCACAGAGUUCAAGUAACAGACACAUCUCAACAUCAACUGUUCAGAGGGGACUGUGUGAAUCAGGCCUUCAUGGUCGAAUUGCUGCAAAGAAACCACUACUAAAGGACACCAAUAAGAAGAAGAGACUUGCUUGGGUCAUGAAACACGAGCAAUGGACGUUAGACCGGUGGAAAUGUGUCCUUUGGUCUGGAGUCCAAAUUUGAGAUUUUUGGUUCCAACCGCCGUGUCUUUGUGAAACGCGGUGUGGGUGAACGGAUGAUCUCUGCAUGUGUAUUUCCCACCGUGAAGCAUGGAGGAGGAGGUGUUAUGAUGUGGGGGUGCUUUGCUGGUGACACUGUCUGUGAUUUAUUUAGAAUUCAAGGCACACUUAUCCAGCAUGGCUACCACAGCAUACUGCAGCGAUACGCCAUCCCAUCUGGUUUGGGCUUAGUGGAACUAUCAUUUGUUUUUCAACAGGACACUGACCCAACACACCUCCAGGCUGUGUAAGGGCUAUUUGACCAAGAAGGAGAAUGAUGAAGUGCUGCAUCAGAUGACCUGGCCUCCACAAUCACCCAACUUCAACCCAAUUGAGAUGGUUUGGGAUGAGUUGGACCGCAGAGUGAAGGAAAAGCAGCCAACAAGUGCUCAGCAUAUGUGGGAACUCCUUCAAGACUGUUGGAAAAGCAUUCCAGGUGAAGCUGGUUGAGAGAAUGCCAAGAGUGUGCAAAGCUGUAAUCAAGGCAAAGGGUGACUAUUUGAUUUGUUUAACACUUUUUUGGUUACUACAUGAUUCCAUAUGUGUUACGUCAUAGUUUUGAUGUAUUCACUGUUAUUCUAUCUUCAACUCGCAAUCUGUGGAUUCAAUUCAAUUAGAUAGAUUCAAAUUGUAUGUUAAACAUCACAGCAUAGUUGAAAGAUAUAUGGUGCGUAGAAAUCCGAAGAGGGUGGCCAGCAGAGAUAGGUGGGAUAGGCUGAGGGAAACUGAGGGUUGGGAUGUGGAACUGGAGACAAGUGGGAGUGAAGUUGCUGGGCAGUGGAUAGAAUGACAGUCAAGAUAAACGUUUAAAAAAAAAAAAGGAAAAAAUAAGUUUAACUGACACUAAAAAGGACAAUUCUUACAUCCAAUGCCUGUUUGCCUGAGGCUGAUGCCAUGCAGCUCUCAAGGGGAAUUGUAGGGGGAUCUUGGAUGGUUGGUGGCCUGGCGGUUGGGAGCUUGGACCGGUGGCUGAGAGGUCGCUGGUUCGGGUCCCCGGUUCGACUGGGUGGGGGAUCUGUCCUUGUGCCCUUGGGCGGGGAGCUUGACCCUGGUUGCUCAUGUGGGUCGCUAUGGAUGGAAGUGUCUCCUGGAUGACUGAAUGCAAUGUAAAUGUUGAGCAGCUUCACUGCAGGUAGAUUGUAUGUUUAAAAAUGCAAUACAAAAAUAAAUGACACAAAAAUAAACACUGUGUAUGUGUGUGUGUGUGUGUGUGUGUGUGUGUGUGUGUGUGUGUGUGUGUGUGUGUGUGUGUGUUACAGAACAGCAGUGUUGGGGAUCUCCUUCGGCAUGUCUUUCCUCCUGUUAGGUCUGAUUUUGGUCAUAUGUUUCUCUAGCCACAUCUUGGUAAGUUACACAUACACACACACACACACACACACACACACACACCCUAAAAUCCUGUCUAUUGUAUGUGAGUGUGGAACACAAUCACAGACUGAGAGAGAGAGAUAGAUAGAGAGAGAGAGAGAGGGAGGAGAGAUGGAUAUAGAGGGAGAGGGAGGGGAGGAUUCAGAUAGAGAAAGAGGGAGAGAUGGAGGAAGAGAGAGAGGGAGGAAGAUAAAUGGAAGAAGAGGAGGGAGAGAGAAGAAGAGAGAUGGAUAGAGAGUGUGAAAAAAGAGAGGAAUGGGCAAGCUAGAGGAAGAGAGAGGGGGAGACAGAGGGGGGAAGAGAGAGGGGGAGGCAGAGGGAGGAAGAGAGAGGAAUAGAGCAAGAGAGACACUUUAUACUUUUUGUCUUUAUUUAAUAAGCCAUUUGAUUUAAAACACCAUAGUAACCUCCCCCCACCCAGAGAGUAAGAGACAUGAAGAUAGAGAGAGAUGGAGAGAGAGGGAGGAAGAGAGAAAAAUAGAGUGAGAGAGCGUGAGAGAGGGAAAGAGAGAAACUAUGGAGAAGGCUUACAAUACAGUAUAUUUUGUUAAAAGAGCUGUGUGGUAUUGCAGUCACACCGUGUCAUUAAUUUAACGGGAGAUGGAUUCUCAGAUUGCAACAGCUGUGUCUGUCAAACCAACACUGGAGAACAGAGAACGCCAUUUACUCCUGAGACACUGUGUGUGUGUGUUUGUGUUUGUGUGUGCGCCUACUGGCGACGUCAGCGCGCGCACACACACACACACAAACACACACACAUUCACACACACACACACACACACACACACACACACACACACACACACACACACACACACACACACACACACACACACACACACACACACACACACACACACACACACACACUCAGGCUUUAGGUGUGUCGUUAUAGCAGCAGGGUCAGAUGAAGAUAAGAAAUACUAACAAACCAGGAAGAACCGAUUAGCACCUUUCUCAUUCUCUUGAUGACUCUAACCAGAGACCAGACAGUGGAGGAGUGAUUGAGCUUGAAGGACAGUCAUCUUUUGUGGAACACAUUAUUAUACAACAACAGUCUAAAAGACAACAGUCUAUCUGCAUGGCAUUCUACCUUGAGACUUCUCCUUAAAUGAUUUGUGAUGUCUCACAAUGUCUCUGUAUAUCUGAGCCAACCCAAACCAUGUGACCAUGUGAAGAGAGAAGGAAGGACAUGGUAUAGUAUAGUACAGUAUAGUAUAUUAUAAACUGGGUGGUUCGAGCCCUGAAUGCUGAUUGGCUGAAAGCCGGGGUAUAUCAGACUGUAUACCACGGGGAUGACAAAACAUGUAUUUUUACAGUUCUAAUUACGUUGGUAACCAGUUUAUAAAAGCAAUAAGGCACCUCGGAGGUUUGUAGUAUAUGGCCAAUAUACCACGGCUAAGGGCUGUAUUCAGGCACUCCUCUUUGUGUCAAGCAUAAGAACAGCCCUUAGCCGUGGUAUAUUGGCCAUAUACCACACCUCCUCGUGCAUUAUUGCUUAAGUAUAAUAUAGUGUAUAGUAUAUAGGAUAGUAUAGUAUAGUAUAUAUUGUAUAUUAUAAACUGGGUGGUUCGAGCCCUGAAUACUGAUUGGCUGACAGCCGUGGUAUACCACGGGCAUGACAAAACAUGUAUUUUUACUGUUCUAAUUACGUUGGUAACCAGUUUAUAAUAGCAAUAAGGCACCUCUGAGGUUUGUGGUAUAUGGCCAAUAUACCACGGCUAAGGGCUGUAUCCAGGCACUCCGCGUGCCUUAUUGCUUAAGUAUAGUAAAGUACAGUACAGUACAGUACAGUACAGUACAGUACAGUAUAGUAUAGUAUAGUAUAGUGUAGUGCUCAGGACUGCAAACAUACCAAACAGUUUUCUAUGGAUGAAUUGCGAAUUAUAAACAAAAUUAUAAACCUUUAUUAUCUGGUGCUUUCUCUUCCUGGCCAAGGGAAGUUGUGUGUUGAGAGUCAAGGUGUGUCAAAGAGGUGUUGUAGAGAGGAAAUCGAUGGAGGUAAAUUGCUCUGGGGUGUUGAGAGUAUUGAUGCAGACAGAAGAUCUGUUACUGCAGCUGUUGUUUGUUCUCUGUCCCCUACAGCCUUCCAUUUCAUGGCUUCUCCUCACGUUGCACUACGGCAAGAGUGGACUGUCCCUAGCUAUCUUUCUCUCUCUCUCUCUCUCUCUCUCUCUCUCUCUGUCUCUGUUUCAGGUUUUCCUCACUAUUCGGAUCUGACUCUCACUCUCUCUCUUUCCCUGUCCCUCUCUCAUUUUGUCUGUCCCCCUGCUUGUCUCUCUGUCCCUCCCUCCUUCCCUCUCUCUGUCUCGCUCAGCAGGGAGGUAAAGGAUCGUGGUGCUCUCUCCCCUGGCUCCCUACUUCCUCACGCAUCAUCAUCGCCAACAAACCCUGGCUCCGAUUGGUCCUCACCAUGACAACCACCACUGUUAUUCUUGUCAUGGCUGUUUUCAACAUGGUGAGGAACCAAUUUACUGGUUUUAUUGGUUGAACUUGUCAGUGUGUGUGUAUAUGUGUGUACAGUACCAGUCAAAAGUUUGGACACACCUACUCAUUCAAGGGUUUUUCUUUAUUUUUACUGUUUUCUAUAUGCUGGUGACACUGUCUGUGAUUUAUUUAGAAUUCAAUGCACACUUAACCAGCAUGGCUACCACAGCAUUCUACAGCGAUACGCCAUCCCAUCUGGUUUGGGCUUAGUGGGACUAUCAUUUGUUUUUCAACAGGACAAUGACCCAACAAAUCUCCAGGCUGUGUAAGGGCUAUUUUACCAAGAAGGAGAGUGAUGGAGUGCUGCAUCAGAUGACCUGGUCCUCCACAAUCCCCUGACCUCAACCCAAUUGAGAUGGUUUGGGAUGAGUCGGACUGCAGAGUGAAGGAAAAGCAGCCAACAAGUGCUCAGCAUAUGUGGGAACUCCUUCAAGACAGUUGGAAAAGCAUUCCAGGUGAAGCUGGUUGGGAGAAUGCCAAGAGUGUGCAAAGCUGUCAUCAAGGCAAAGGGUGGCUAUUUGAAGAAUCUGAAAUAUAAAAUAUAUUUUGAUUUGUUUAAGACUUUUUUGGUUACUACAUGAUUCCAUAUGUGUUAUUUCAUAGUUGUUAUGUCUUCACUAUUAUUCUACAAUUUAAAAAAUAGUAAAAAUAAAGAAAAACCCUUGAAUGAGUAGGUGUGUCCAAACUUUGGGGGGGGUUAGAAAGAGAGCAGGUGAAAAUGCAGCCUUUCUAAAAGCUCUGUGAUUUGAGAUUUAAAAAGAGGAAAUGGAGCUUUAAUUAACUAUCUGGUGUUAGGAGGGAGGAGAGGUGAGGAGGGAGAGAGAGAGUCAGAGAGAGGACAGGUGUGUGUGUGUGCGUGCGUGCGUGCAUGUGUGCGUGCAUGAGGAAGUCUUGGUGAGGUUGUAUUUACAUCCAGAGGGUGUUGAGGCUGUACACUACAGUAGUCUGUCAUUGUUUAUCUCCCUCGCUUGCUCACGUCCAGUGGGACACACACUUGUCCGUCAUGUGAAGUGGUUGAUGGGUAAUCUUGUGAAUGGAGAUCAGUCAAUGGGCCAGGCGGCGGGCACUCUGCUCAGGGCCCCAGUGCAUCUUGGGAAGAGGAUUUGGGCUUGGGAUGAUUGUGUAACGCCUGGCUACAUGUGCCAGAGAACAGGAUCAAGAUAAAUAAUUAAUGCUAUGGGACUGGAGAGCUGGACAUAUUAUCAACACAACAACAUAUCACUGAAGACUGGAAUACAGCCCAGUGUGUCUAAAGUAUAACUUAUCUUCUCCCCUAUUCUUUCUCCUCUCCUCUAAACCUGUUUCCAGUUCUUCCUGGAAGAUGAGGUUCUGACCACACCCCCUAUCAUGAACCUGACCAAUGACAGCAUGCUCAGCUCCCACAGCUCCACCCACCUCACGGAUGGGAAUAAAUUCUACCUGCCUGUGAGUACAUCUACCAGCGUAGGCACCAAAAAAAUAACGAAUAACAAUAACGAGUAAAUAUAACAUGGCUAUAUAUAGGGAGUACUAAUUCAUGUGCAGGGGUACGAGGUAAUUGAGAUAGCAAUGUACUGUACAUAUAGGUAGGGAUAAAGUGACUAGGCAACAGGAUAGAUACUAGACAGUAGCAGCAGCAUACAGUAUGUGGUGAGUGUGAAACAGAACAUUUAUUUUAUAGAAAUCACUCCUUUGUGCAGUAUUUUAAGUCAACAAUCACAUUUCUUUAACCAGGACCACAAAAGUAAUGUUUGUUUACAUUGCCUAUCAAUAACGUUGCGUUACAUCAAUCACAAUCAAUCAGUGUGUGUGUGUGUGUGUGUGUGUGUGUGUGUGUGACUGUAGACUUUUGAUAUUUUCACAGCAGGCUUACAACAUUUGACAGUUAGCAUAGAGACACUGUGCUACUAUCAAUGUGUCAUUGUGACACUGACAUGCUACCCAGACCGCACGCACGCAAGUUGAUUUUGUCCCCCCAAACCAGACACGAUCAGGACACGCAGGUUGAAAUAUCUAAAUAAACUCUGAACCAAUUAUAUUAAUUUGGGGACAGGUUGAAAAGCAUUAAACAUUUAUGGCAAUUUAGCUAGCUAGCUUGCUGUUACCAGCUAUUUUGUCCUAGGAUAUAAACAUUGGGUUGUUAUUUUACCUGAAAUGCACAAGACAAUUAAUCCACAGAUAAAAUUGUAAAAGUUUGUUUUCUAGUAAUCUCUCCUCCUUCAGGCUUCUUCUUCUUCUUUGGACUUUAUAUGGCGGUUGGCAACCAACUUUAUGGUGCAUUACCACAACCAACUGGACUGGAGCGUAGACCUCAGUUCAUCUUUCAAUCACCCACGUGGGUAGAUGCUCCUAAAAAUCAAUGAGGAGAUGGGAGAGGCAGGACCUGCAGCGCGUUGAGCGUCUCAAAUAGAACCAAGUUCUAUUUUAGUGCCUGGCCACGCAGAGGCUCGUUGACGCGCGCGAGCAGUGUGGGUGCAAUGAUUGAAUAACAUGUAUGUGUACAUUUAUUUUGCAACGCUCGCACAUGCGAGAGGGAUCUAGAAGUGGCCUGGCUGUUGACUUGGAUAGUAUCUCAAUAGUCUAAAGUGGCUUCCUCUCCUUGUCUCCUGUCCUUCAUCUCAAAAGUCCAAAGUAGUUCAAGUUCAUGGCUUGCAUCUGGUGUGCUGUCACAACUGUGUUUUUCCCUCAAUUGCAUUUGAAUUACAGCCCUCGGCUUCCUGCCUUGCUUCACACACUUACAUUUUAGUAAUUUAGCAGACACUCUUAUCCAGAGUGACUUACAGUUAGUGAGUGCAUACAUCAUUUUUUUUCAUACUGGCCCCCCGUGGGAAUCGAACCCACAACCCUGGCGUUGCAAACGCCAAGCUCUACCAACUGAGCUACAUCCCUUCAGGCCAUUCCCUCCCUUACCCUGGACGACGCCGCCCCAUGGCUCUCCCGGUCGCGGCCGGCUACGACAGAGCCUGGAUUCGAACCAACCUGCACCUCACACAUACUCACUCGCUCCUAGCUACGUCUGAGGCAAGGUUAUCUAUGUCUGUUAGAAAAAAAAACUCUGUCCUCCUGAGAUUUAGUAUUGAUAUAGUGAUGGUUAUCAGCACUAGAGAACAGCCUUGGUGAUAGGGCUCAAUAGGCUUACUACUGAUGUUUUACGCCUCAAGGAACUCAUAAAUGAACUGAAAAAAUGAACAGAUCCAGUCCAUUGUACCGUUUUUCAGACACAGUUUUCCUUCUUAUUUUUCAUGUUCUGUGCACAAGUUUAUCUAAUAGUUAACAAUAAUAUCUUACACAUCAUUACCCUCCUCCAUAGUGUCCAACACCUCAAUCUUAUCCCCCUAUUUUCUAAAUAGACGUUCUUUAUAGUAUAGACCCAUUUCUUUUGAAUAAUUGUGGUUAUCUACUUUUCACAUGUCUGAUACAUGUGACCAUGUGGCCAUUCACAGCCCGCAAUCUGAUUUAAUGUGGCCCCCACUUCUAGUUCAGGCUAAACUUUCAUUCACACACCUCUCUUCGCUGUUAGUCUUGACUGGGAACCAAUUCCCUCUAUUAUCUGCAUCAGUACUAUUUAUUUAUUUUUUCUCUCUUUUCUUUUCACUUACACACCUCUCUUUGCUAAUAGCCCAGACCCAUGUCUCCUAUCUUCUAAAUGUAAUGGUGUUUACCCUAGUGCAUAGGGGCCUCUACACAUCAGCCAGUAAUAGCUAGUCCUGAUUCCCUGCUCUCCACAGGCUCAGUUAGUCUUCAUUUCUUCCUUUCCCUCUUAAUUGCUGUUCCUCCCUCCCUCCCUCCCUCCCUCCCUCCCUCCCUCCCUCCCUCCUACUCCCUAGCCAAAGACCAUUCAGUGACGUGAUACUGAGCACAUAAAGAGCCAUAUUCCCUUUUUAUAGGCCACGAUAUACGAUGUCCAUUAUAGUUUUGAGGGAAAAAUGUUGACUGCCCAUUUUUGGGAGGAACUGUUGUUAUGGCUUGCUACUCAUUAAGUGGAGUGUAGUCUGCAGUUUGACUCUCUCCAUCUCUCUACAUCAUCUCAAAAGAUUGAAUAUAACAUCUCUCUGUCAGUGUUUUAUCGACUUCAUUUAUCCCUUCUUUCCCCCUCCUCUUUCUCCCUCUCUUCUCUCUUCCCCCUCCUCUCUUCUCUCUGUCCCUCUCUUCUCUCUCCCCCUCCCACAUCUUCUCUCUCUCUAACUCCUGCCCUCCUUUUCUCCUUCCCUCUCUCUCUCUGUCUCUCUCUCUCUGUAGUAUUUUAUCUACUGUUGUAUCCUGGGUCUGGUGUCGUGUUCUGUGUUCCUGAGGAUCAACUAUGAGCUGAAGAUGGUUGUCAUGUUAGUUGCCAUGGUGAUCUACAACAUCAUCAUCCUCCAGACACAUGCACCCCUGCUGGACGGAUACAGUACUGCACUCUACAGCACACAGACGCUGGACAGGUACACACACACACACACACACACACGCACGCACGCACGCACGCACACACGCACACACACACACACACACACACACACACACACACACACACACACACACACACACACACACACACACACACACACACACACACACACACACACACACACACACACACAGAAAACAGGUUAGAGAGACAGCGUUCCUUUAAUGAAAACCCUGGUGUCACACAAUUGUCCCUUCCUUUGGCCCUGAUGUUAUAUACUGUAUAGGGUAAAAGCCACAGACACACAGCCUUUAGGGAAUAACUGUGGAUGUGUGUAAGGUAGAGAGACGAGCAAGCACACCAGUGUUAAUAAUGACAAAAAUAUAAUUUGAAUAAUGAUUUAGUCUAGUUAUUGUCAAAAUGACGAAAACAGUAGGCCAUUUUAGUCAUAUUUUAGUCACAUCACAUUUGUAUUGCCUCAUUAACCUAUAGUAAACAUAAAUCACUGACUUCCAUGUGCACAAACAUACAUAGCCUUGUCCUACCAACAUAUCUUUCUGUAUAAAAUCCUAUCGCAUGAUUUUCUUCCCAACGGCCAAAUUGGCAGAAUAACACAUUACUCUGCAGCAGAUUAGAAAAUCACACCCCUUGACAGGACUCCAGACUAACAGUGCCACCAACUUUUUCAGUGGUACCAGCCUGUGAUUUGGUCGCACCAAUUUUUUUCUGCGGUGUCACGCAAUAGAAAACAUUUGUUAUAAUUCACCUUAUAAAGUCAUUCACAGUGCUUUAGACUGUGUAAUAGACCACUAAGAUGGUAGGCUAUUCAAUAGAUACAUUGUUUCAUCUAACAUGUCCAAGCAGAAAUGCAUGAUUCAAGAUAUUUUGAUGAGCAACCUAAUCCAGUGAUUGUCAUGAAUUGUGAGUUGACAAUAGGGUAUUGGUUUUAUAUUUUACUGUUACAAUAGUGCUCUAGAAUUUUUGUUCAAUAGAGAUGAAUUUCACUACAUCUUUAUGUGCUCUAUGAUAUAUAGGCUAAUUUAUUUUGGGACUUAUUCACCACAUGAGGAAGUAAAAACUCAAAACACAUUAGCUAGAUCGCUAACACUAACUAUAAUACCCACUGCUAGUAGUCAUGUAUUAAUUAACAUUAAAUGUGCUGUCCUAAAAAAAAACUUUGCAGUUGUAGCCCUGCUACCCUGUGCACUCGCAAUGGCUGAUGGGCUAUUGCGUAUUUCGUGUGCUUUGAUAUGCUUAAGCCAUACCAAAUAUCUUGGUUGUAAAAUAGUUGCUAUUGACCUCGAUAUUAAGAGAUUACAAAUAAAAAGUACAGUAAAAGCUGAGGACAUCACUAGUUGCUCCCAAAGCUAUGAAUUUCCCACAAUUGGAUUUUGAAAUAUUAUACAAUCAGUAGCCUUUUUUCUCUCUCCCAGAGCGCACAUCAAGUGGCUCUCUCAACAGCAGCGGGCCCCAGUGGAACAGACCCAGAGGCUGGGCAGACACUUUAAUUACAGGAAUCAUGAGAAUAAUGCACUUUCUGUUUGACCAAAUCAUGGUUUUAGCCACCCAAAAAAUAGGACGUUUUGAAACUUUUGAGUGAGCAAUUACAAAUGUAACAUGCACAGCCAAGUGAAAGGGUUGCAAAAUGCUACUAAAUGAUUGCAAUCUGGAGCCCUUUCCCCUUCACAUACUGUAGCUAUAUUGCAAUCAAAGUUGUGUCAUAAGUAGUGGCCUGAUAGGUUGCAGCAAACUACUAGCUACAUGAUCCAUCUGUUAUUAGCUUAGCUGAGCAUAUAUAUUGGGAUGAAGCUCUUUCAGAUGUCUCUUGAGGUUGGUAGUAUUUUUCUCCGUCAACUUGUGGGUGCAAACGCUGUCUUCUUCUGUGGAAAUGUUGCAUUCGGUCUUGUUUGAAUCUACACGAUAAAGUGGCUCCAAACAUCAGCCCUUUUUCUACUGGGAGCUUUUACCACCGGAAGAGUAGCCAUGGAGAGUAUGCCUUAUUUGCAUCAAUGAUUUGUUGCCGCUGUUGUGCCACCACACCGCCAAAUUGCAAAUAACCUAAAAGAUCUCAAUCUCUCCAAAAACUCUUGAUUUUAGUCACAGAGAUAACUUAGUCUCAUCUCGCUUUCGUCAACUCAAAUUAAACAUAAUUUAAAUUUAGUUACAGUUUUUUCUGGGUCUAUUUAGUCAGUUAUCUUCUCCUCAAUUGCCACUGAAAAUAUCACUAUUUUAGUUGACAAAAUUAACACUGAAGCACACAUGCACACAUCAAUUACAUUGCACCCAUUACUGAAAUGGUUGAUCCAGUUUAAAGGGUUUAGGUAGUCUUCUUAACAACUUUCCUAACCCUGACAGUUAUUCCAUCUGUUGGAUAUCCUAACUCUGGCUGGAUUCCAAUAGGAAUUACACAUCACUUUGCAAGCCAGCAUAAUGUGACUUGCAGGCCUGAUGUGGCCUGUAAACCAGGAGUUUCCUAACACCACUGUGUUAGGGUAAAACUAGGCCAUCAAAGUAAGGCCUUAUGAUAUAUGUAUUGUCAUAUAGUUUAAUUUGAAUGAUGUCAUUCACCUAGGUACCUACUUGGUGAAAGCCACAGGCCUUUAAAAGGAAAUAAUUCAAUAACCAUGUCUCUUUCACUAACAAAUACAGUCAUGGGUGGUAACUCGACAAUUCACUCGGAAAAAAAGGCACCUUAGGAAAUAUGCAUAUUAGACUUUAUACCAUACAGUGUUAAAACAACACCCAUGAUUUACAGUAACACUACAGGUGUUAAUUUCCUACAUUGAGAAAGUGUAACAGUGUCAGCACUAAGCAAAGUGAGUCCAGUUUACUCUAAAUCAAGUGUCAUGUUUUACACUGUAGGUGUUGCGUAUUACUCUACAGUAGAGCUAUGCAAACAUCACAAUCAAGUUAAUUUAAACACUUUAAGAGUUAAAUGGGGAACACUGCAAUAGAGUUAAAUCUUUAACACUUUCAAAAGUGUUAUUUUAACACCAGCUCAUAUGUUCACUGAAAAUAGUGUACAUUUUACACUUUCUGAGUUAAAUAUUGAUAUAUAUAUAUAUAUAUAUAUUGAUUUUGCUGUGCGCGCACACACACACACACACACACACACACACACACACACACACACACACACACACACACACACACACACACUGUUAAAAUCAUGCUCCGGAACUUUGGCAACUACUAAUACUUUUUUAAACCUCCUGCUUUGGGCUGGAUGUGUCACUGUGUAGUAUAUACAGUGCAUUCGGAAAGUAUUCAGACCUCUUCCCUUUUUCCACAUUUUGUUACCUUACAGCUUUAUUCUAAAAUGGAUUAAACAAAACAUUUCCUCAUCAAUCUACACACAAUACCCCAUAAUGACAAAGCAAAAACAGGUUUUUUGAAACGUUAGUAAAUGUAUUAAAAAUAAAAAACAGAAAUACCUUAUUUACAUAAGUAUUCAGACCCUUUGCUAUGAGACUCAAAAUUGAGCUCAGGUGCAUCCUGUUUCCAUUGAUCAUCCUUGAGAUGUUUCUGCAACUUGAUUGGAGUCCACCUGUGGUAAAUUCAAUUGAUUGGACAUGGUUUGGAAAGGCACACAUCUCUCUAUAUAAGGUCCCACAGUUGACAGUGCAUGUCAGAGCAAAAACCAAGCCUUUGUCCGUAGAGCUCCGAGACAGGAUUGUGUGGAGGCACACAUCAGGGGAAGGGUACCAAAAAAUGUCUGCAGCAUUGAAGGUCCACAAGAACACAGUGGCUUCCAUCAUUCUUAAAUGGAAGAAGUUUGGAACCACCAAGACUCUUCCUGGAGCUGGCCGCUCGGUCAAACUGAGCAAUCGGGGGAGAAGGGCGUUGGUCAGGGAGGUGACCAAGAACCUGAUGGUCACUCUGACAAAGCUCCAGAGUGCCUCUGUGGAGAUGAGAACCUUCCAGAAGGACAACCAUUUCUGCAGCACUCCACCAAUUUGGCUUUAUGAUAGAGUGGCCAGAGUGGUUGUCACUAUGGAAUAGAACUUGGUUACCAGGGUAAUUGUUGCUGCGAUCAUGACUGACAGGUUCUAUGAUAUUGGGUUUUUGUGUUGAUAGAGUGGAAUUGAUUUUGCUGAUAUGAGUGACAGUUAAAGAGAGAGAGAGAGAGAGAGAACAGAGCAGGGGAUUCACUCCUAAGACCGAUGAAGUUAUUACAUCGAUAGAAAGUUGAGCUUUCAGCUGGUGACAGACUUUCAUUAUUUUGUUGUUGUUCUUUCUUUCUUUCAUCUCUUUUUAUCUCUCUCUUUCUCUCUCUCCUCAUCCCUCUCUUCUCAGGCCAGGCAUUCUAAAGGAUCUGAAGACGAUGGGUUCUGUUUCUCUCUUCAUCUUCUUCAUCACUCUACUGGUGUUAGCACGACAGGUACCUGUUAUAGCUAUGGAAUAACCAUGUAGUAACUAUGUAGUAGCUAUGUAACAACUGACUUCUGCCUGCUUCAGUGUUGGCAGGUGAAAAUAGAAUUCAGUAGUUCAAACAGAUGGAAGAGUGAGGGGGGGGGGGGGGGGGGGGGUUAGGCCUUAUGAUAUACAUAAUGUAUUGUCAUAAACAGUUUAAUUGUAAUGAUAAUAUUAGCCUACAGUAGGAAAUCCACAGGACUGAAAAUUAACAAAUUCAACAACCAUGUCUCUGUCACUAACACGGUCAUGGGUUAUAACUCUACAAUUCACUCAAAAAGUGAAUUUUUGGUGUUGUACCAGUUUAAGUGGUCUAUGGUUAUGUUAAUUAAGGGGAAGGGACACAGCCAUUUUCAUAUAUUUUGCAUUGUAUUGAGUCUCAUCUUUCCAUAGAGUGGUCAUAUUAGUUUGUAGGUCAGACGUUUUUGUGAGAAGACCGAUUUUCGGGAUGUCUCAUGAUCUGACAAACACCGCUGUAGCUCGGCCACCUUCCACCACUGAUAUCUGUAGCUGACAGAUUUUGAUGGGGAUUUUUUAAAUUGUGUUACUUAGAUUGACGCACCGGUGCAUCAAUAGACUCUAGAUGAGGAUGUUUAAGCCUUGAGACAAUGAGAUAUGGAUUGUGUGUGUGGGCCAUUCCGAGGUUGAAUGGGCAAGACAAAAUAAGUGCCUUUGAACAGGGUAUGGUAGUAGGUGCCAGGCGCACCGGUUUGAGUGUGUCAAGAACUGCAACGCUGCUGGGUUUUUCACGCUCAACAGUUUCCUGUGUGUAUCAAGAAUGGUCCACCACCAAAAGGAUAUCCAGCUAACUUAACACAACUAUGGGAAGCAUUGGAGUCAACAUGGGCCAGCAUCCCUGUGGAAUGCUUUCGACACCUUGUAGAUUCCAUGCCCUAAUGAAUUGAGGCAAAAGGGGGAGGUGCAAAUCAAUAUUAGGAAGGUGUUCCUAAUGUUUUGUGCACUAGUGUUAAAACACUUCCUAGUGUUAAAAAUACUUUAUAAGGUGUUAUUGCAUAGCACCAUUGGUGUAAACUAUAUAUACUUCCUAGUGUUAAAAUACUAUAUGAGGUAUUAUUGCAUAACACUCAAAGUGUUAAUUCCCUAACAGUGACAAAGUGUAACAGCAUCAGCAGCACUAAGUACAGUAUUAAUUGAACACUCAAAAGUGUGGACCCAUAUAGACACUGGCCCAGUGUUACAUUUAACACUGGAGAAUUUGCUGUAUAGGGUAGGCUUUUAUGCCAUCAACAGAUUUCUGCCCAUGCCGCUGCUCUGGGGUACCAUCCGUCAGAGCUGUUCAGAGUCAGAUGUCCUGGACAGUCUUGUGUACCCAAAUAUACCGUCCCCAGUGGACAAGAGCCGGCCCAUACAGUUCCUCCUGUUGUCAAACUGGGUUAUAGUCACCAGAAGGGUAGGGGCUGUGUUUUGGGGAUGACACACAUGUUUAAUUUAAUUAGUGUAUUUGGUUAGCUGUAUUUGAAAAGAUUUUACAUUUUUUGCCUGUUUGUUUAUUUCAAAUCCUUCCUGGAGGUGUUAAAUAGUCCUCCCUUGCAGCAUCUAGCUGUAAACCUGAGGUAAUGAUGAAUCCCUGAAGAACAGAUGAAUGAUUCAUCAAUUAACCAUCAUUAGCUAGUUGCGUACUAAACAGCCUCUCAUAAUACCACUGUUCCUGCCUGGCCUAGUUACUAGGCCUUCUCAACUCUUCACAAGGAUGACCUAGCUAGCACACACACACACACGCAUGCUUGCUCCCACACACACGUACGUAAGCGCUGGCCCACAGGUAGCCAUAAGCUCUAAUACAGAGCACAGACACACACACCCCGGGGCGUUUUGACCUUCAUCUCGGCACCCGGCUGCCCUAUUUAGACGUGUUUAGAAGUCCCCCAGGCGUGGAUAACCAAUGAGAAACCAGCGCCUAUACUUUAUGCUAAUCAGGCUGGUGUUCAGCAUUUCCUGGAGCGAAGACAGCAACGCUGCUAUCCUCUGCUUUAGUGUCUUAUUACCAGAGCGUUCAUUUCCCAUGAAUACAAAACAUGCUCUGAAGGGUCAGUUGGUGAGAUCGUUGCUGCGUCACAAAUGUCACCCUAAUCCCUAUAAUAGUGCACUAGUUUUGACCAGGGCCCUUGUCAAAAGUGGUGCACUAUAGGGAAAAGGGUGCCAUUUGGGACGGAAUCUCUUGUUCUGCCUUUAGAUUCUCUCAAUGGGAGAGGGAGAUGGGAGAGAGAUGAUUAGUUGAGAGUAGGAGUAUUGUAGGCCUAUGGGGAAGAAAAAUGCCAAAAUAAUAAUUUUAUUUUUCUAUAUCAUUAAAGUUAUGAGAAUGCGUGAGAGGAAACAUAUAGAGUACAGAUGUAGCUUGAAGCAGUGACUCUCCAAGUGAACAAUUAAAACACAUUUCACUUUGAGAACAAUGUGCUUGACCCAUGUGUGAUGUUCUUCUCUUUCAUUGUUUCAUAAGGCUAGUGAGCAGUGAGUCAAGACCAGUCUCCUUUCAACUUGAUCAGUUCAGCAAAUUCAUGAACAUGUAUCUCCUACAUUUACAGUAAUAAAAGACCAUCACAUAGUUGGUGCUAUUAUUGGUUAACCUUUACUCAAGCGUAGUCAUUUCAGAGAGUUAAGUAAAAUGAUUUAUUAUUUACUUUAUUACCACCGUAUCUUUACCGUCUCUGUGUCCUCCUGUUAACAGAAUGAAUAUUACUGUAGGUUGGACUUCCUGUGGAGGGACAAGUUCAAGAGAGAGUGUGAGGAGAUUGAGACCAUGGAGAACCUCAACAGGGUUCUACUGGAGAACGUUCUACCUGCCCACGUUGCAGAACAUUUCCUGGGACGCAACUGGAAGAACGAGGUGGGGCAGCGACCAUUCACAGGACAUAACCUUGAGAACUCAGAACCACAGAACCAAACUCAUUUUUGUUCUAUAAUUUUCUAGACAGGGCCGGUCCUUGCCGUUCUGCCGCCAUAGGUGGGAGCAAAAACUGCCACUCACGCAAAACUAGAAUAGUCCCAGUAAGCAGACAUCUUUUCCAGACGUUGAAGUUAGGUUCAAUUUAGGUUCUGAAUGAAAGGUGAAAAGGUAAUUCCGUAUAUAUUUAAAAUACAUAUUUUUCCGGAUGUUGAAAAAUACUUAUUUUCCGGACGUUGAAAUCAGGUUAAUUUAUAGACGUCUAUGUUUGGGCCAAAUCAAGGCUGGUCCAGACCGGACAAAAUCGGUCCGUGCUUACUGAGGUAUAGCCUACAGUGUAGUCUGAAAUUGAAUUUUUAUGAAUGACCAUCUAUGUGGUAAGCACCAAAAAAAGACGUCCGUAUAGGACCAAAAACAGACGUCGUCUCGUGCUCAUCUAAAAAGCCCUUAUGCCACUGGUUGAGAGAAAUUGUCAUUGUUUUUGGGCAGAAUUAAGUGAGGUUUAAUGUGUUGUUGUUGUUGGAGGUGCGUGCGUUUUGGCCAGUUUAGCUCAGAAAAUGCCGCCCUCGUCAAUCUGCCACCAUAGGUGGCCGCCUAAUCCUGCCUAAUGAGCGGGCCGUCCAUGUUUCUAGAAGACACAAAAUAAAUGCAUUCUAGAACUAACUUUAGAACCACACAUUCUAACCCUAUUUUGGAAUUGCACUGAUCCAUUCCACUGUGCCUGUGUGUUUGUUUCUCUAGGAUCUGUACCACCAGUCGUAUGAGUCAGUGUGUGUGAUGUUCGCCUCCAUCCCAGACUUUAAGGAGUUCUACACAGAGUCAGACGUCAACAAGGAGGGCCUUGAAUGUCUCAGACUCCUCAAUGAGAUCAUCGCUGACUUUGACGAGGUGAGUUACUCUGUUCUCAUUGGUUUCUUAUCACUUCUGUCACACAUCUGUGUGUUGGGCUGCUGUGGUGAUCCAUUACUACUGAUCAUAACUGAGAGAGAGAGAGAGAGAGAGAGAGAGAGAGAGAGAGAGAGAGAGAGAGAGAGAGAGAGAGAGAGAGAGGAGAGAGAGCGAGAGGAGAGAGAGAGAGAGAAGAGAGAGAGAGAUAAGAGAAGAAGAUAGGGAGUAGAGGGAGAGAGAGAGAAGAGAGAGAGAGAGAGAGAGAGAGGAGAUCGAAGAGAGAGAAGCAGGUUCUGGGGACCCGGUCGCAACGAACCUGUUGAACAGUUCAGGGUUCCAUAGCCACAGGCAGAACAGCAGAAACUGGAUGAGCAGCACAACAAGGUAGCACGUCUGAGGCAGAGAAUCCCAGGGGAGAGAGGGGAGCCGGCCAGACAGAGACAGCAAGGGUGGUUCGUCACUCCAGUGCCUUGCCGUUCAUCUUUGCACCCCUGGGCCAGAUUACACUCAAUCAUAGGACCUACUGAAGAGAUGAGUCUUCAGUAAAGAUUUAAAGAUUGAGACUGAGUCUACGUCUCUCACAUGGAUCAGCAGACCAUUCCAUAAAAAUGUAGCUACAUUAGAGAAAGCCCUGCCUUCAGCUGUUUGCUAAGAAAUUCGAGGAACAAUAUGGAGGCCUGCAUCUUGUGACCAUAUUGUACGUGUAGGUAUGUACGGCAGGACCAAAUCGGAGAGAUAGGUAGGCGCAAGUCCAUGUAAAGCUUUAUAUGUUAGCAGUAAAACCUUGAAAUCAGCCCUAGCCUUAACAAGAAGUCAGUGUAGAGGCUAGCACUGGAGUAAUAUGAUCGAUUUUUGGGGUACUAGUCAAGAUUCUAGCAGCCGUAUUUAGCACUAGCUGAAGUUUAUUUAGUGCCUUAUCCAGGUAGCCGGAGAGAGUAGAGCAUUGCAGUAGUCUUGAAGUGACAAAAGCAUGGAUUCGCUUUUCUGCAUCACUUUUGUACAAACAGUUUCAGAUUUUGGAAUGUUACGAAGAUGGAAAAAACCUGAACUUUAAAUAUUUUUGAUAUGUUUGUCAAAAGAGAGUUCAGGGUCCAGAGCAGGGACGGCUUGUUCAAUAGGGCGAUAUGGGCGACGCACUGCCAAACGGGAAAAGGAAGGGAUUUUUUUUCUAAUCAAUUAUAUCACGGCAACAGCAGUUAUCAGUGUUCACGUCUGAUCUGCCAGCCACUAAAUGUCAAAUCAGGCUAAAGUCGUGCUUCAAAUGGCCCCGCCCGUUUUUGGGGCGAUUUCAGUCAAGUUGAAAAUCGCCCAGAAGUCUCUCAUAGCCUGUCAUGUAAAAUCUAUUUUUUUCACAUUUCAAAGCUUUCAAUACAUUCUCUAUGGGUGUCUGUGGGCAUGCACUUACGCGCUUUCGUCAUACGUGACGUAACGUUGAACGUAACUAAGACAAUGGCAGCUAGCAGCGUCUCUGUUGCGACCUGCAGUGCGGCGUUAUUUUAUGUUUUUAAUUUGUAGACUUAGUUUACAAACAUUCUGCCAACCAUGGAUUUCCAGUGGUUGGUUUUGGACUGAUCUUGUUGAUCGUGUACAUACCCGCUACGAACGGACUAAAUAAUGAAAACGCUGCUGGCAGCUGAAUCCCAAUACAGCUGGGAGACUUGGCUGGAUGAGUCCCGGACAGAGAAGUGGAGCCGGCCACCUUCACCCUGGUCAGAGCGGACCGCGAUCCUGGUAAGAGAGCGACUCUGUACCCCGACAUUGAACUGCUUUCUGUGUCAUUGCGACCUUACUAUCAAUUCAAUUCAAUUUAAGGGCUUUAUUGGCAUGGGAAACGUGUGUUAACAUUGCCAAAGCAAGGGAAGUAGAUAGUAAACAAAAGUGAAAUAAACAAUAAAUAUUAACAGUAAACAUUACACUCAGAAGUUUCAAAAGAAUAAAGACAUUUCAAAUGUCAUAUUAUGUAUAUAUACAGUGUUGUUACAAUGUGCAAAUAGUUAAAGUACAAAUGGUAAAAUAAAUAAACAUAAAUAUGGGUUGUAUUUACAAUGGUGUUUGUUCUUCACUGGUUGCCCUUUUCUUGUGGCAACAGGUCACAAAUCUUGCAGCUGUGAUGGCACACUGUGGUUUUUCACCCAGUAGAUAAGGGAGUUUAUCAAAAUUGGGUUUGUUUUCGAAUUCUUUGUGGAUCGCUGUAAUCUGAGGGAAAUAUGUGUCUCUAAUAUGGUCAUACAUUUGGCAGGAGGUUAGGAAGUGCAGCUCAGUUUCCACCUCAUUUUGUGGGCAGUGUGCACAUAGCCUGUCUUCUCUUGAGAGCCAGGUCUGCCUACGGCGGCCUUUCUCAAUAGCAAGGCUAUGGUCACUGAGUCUGUACAUAGUCAAAGCUUUCCUUAAGUUUGGGUCAGUCACAGUGGUCAGGUAUUCUGCCACUGUGUACUCUCUGUUUAGGGCCAAAUAGCAUUCUAGUUUGCUCUGUUUUUUUGUUUGUUCUUUCCAAUGUGUCAAGUAAUUCUCUUUUUGUUUUCUCAUGAUUUGGUUGGGUCUAAUUGUGUUGUUGUUGUUGUUGUUGUUGUCCUGGGGCUGUGUGGGGUCUGUUUGUGUUUGUGAACAGAGGCCCAGGACAAGCUUACUUAGGGGACUCUUCUCCAAGUUCAUCUCUCUGUAGGUGAUGGCUUUGUUAUGGAAGGUUUGGGAAUCGCUUCCUUUUAAGUGGUUACUAUCUGCCCCGUGAGUUCCCCCAAUUGUUUGUUACCGUUGUGUACUGUUGAUAAUCACAAGUUUACUGGAGAACUGAGACCAAGUAGAGACUUUGGACAGGGUGGAUAUGGUAUAAUAAAGGCAGUUUAUUCAGAGGUAAAGAUAUCUGGAAUCGCGUGCACGGACUCGUGCACGUGUGUAGGUCACCUAAAUCAUCAGAAAAAUUGCCCCUCCUGAGAAUUUUUUCAGGAGCCGCCACUGGUCCAGAGUAACACCGAGGUCCUUCACAGUUUUAUUUGAGGUUCAUUGUCAGAUCCGACAGCAGAUAUCUUUGUUUCUUGGGACCUAGAACUAGCAUUUCUGUUUUGUCCAAUUUUAAAAGUAAAACAUUUGCUGCCAUCCACUUCCUUAUGUUUGAAACACAGGCUUCCAGGGCAGGGAAUUUUGGGGCUUCACCAUGUUUCAUUGAAAACGUGUGUCGUUUGUAUAGCAGUGAAAGUUGACAUUAUGUUUCUGAAUAACAUCACCAACAGGUAGCAUAUACACUGACUAUACCAAACAUUAGGAACACCUUCCUAAUAUUGAGUUGCACCCCUCCCCCCUUUUCCCUCAGAACAGCCUCAAUUCUUAGGGGCAAGGACUCCACAAGGUGUCGAAAGCGUUCCACAGGGAUGCUGGCCCAUGUUGACUCCAAUGCUUCCCACAGUUGUGUCAAGUUGGUUGGAUGUCCUUUUGGUGGUGGACCAUUCUUGAUAUAGACAGGAAACUGUUGAGCGUGAAAAACCCAACAGCGUUGCAGUUCUUGACACAAACCGGUAUGCCUGGCACCUACUACCAUACCCCGUUCAAAGGCAUUUCAAUCUUUUGUCUUGCCAUUCACCCUCUGAAUGCCACACAUACACAAUCCAUGUCUCAAUUGUCUCAAGGCUUAAAAAUCCUUAUUUAACCUGUCUAAUCCCGUACAUCUACACUGAUUGAAGUGGAUUCAACAAGUGACAUCAAUAAGGGAUCAUAGCUUUCACCUGGAUUAACUUGGUCAGUCUAUGUCAUUGAAAGAGCAGGUGUUCUUAAUGUUUUGUAUACUCAGUGUAUAGAGUAAACAAUACUGGUCCUGAAACGGAACCUUGAAGAACACCGAAACUUACCAUUGAUUUGUCAGAGGACAAACCAUCCACAGAGACAAAUUGAUAUCUUUCCGACAGAUCUAAACCAGGCAAGAACUUGUCCGCGUAGACCAAUUAGGGUAUCCAAUCUCUCCGAAAGAAUGUGGUGAUUGAGGACAGAUGCAGAGCCUUAGUCUUACGCCAUUAAAAGGUAAUUUACCACCUUCACGAGUGCAGUCUCAGUACUAUGAUGGGGUCUAAAACCAGACUGGAGCGUUGUGUAUACAUUCUUUGUCUUCAGGACGGCAGUGAGUAUCUGAGCAACAGCUUUUAAUUUUAUUUUUUUGGAAUGGGAGAUUCAAUACAGGCUGAUUUGGCUUUUUCAGGAAAGGCUUUUUCAGGAGAGGCUUUAUUACUGGCACUUUUAGUGAGUUUGGUACACAUCCGGAGAAUAGAGAGCCGUUUAUUAUGAUCAACUUAGGAGGGCCAAGCACAGGAAGUAGCUCCUUCAGUAGUUUAGUUGGAAUAGGGUCCAGCAGACAGCUGGAAGGUUUAGAGGCCAUUACUAUUUUCGUGAAUGUGUCAGGAUUACAAAACUCAAGUGUCUCAAUUGAUCUGAGGUCCUGGCAGUUCUGUGCAAACUCAGGACAACUGAGUUUUGGAGAAAUACAUAUAUUCAAAGAGGAGUCUGUAAUUUGUUUUCAUCAAAGAUAAGUUCAUGAAAUCAUCACUGCUGAAGUGAAGGCCAUCCUCACUUCAGGAUUGCUGCUCUCGCUCUCUCUCAAUUCAAUUCAAUUCAAUUUAAGGGCUUUAUUGGCAUAGGAAACGUAUGUUAACAUUGCCAAAGCAAGUGAAAUAGAUAAUAAACAAAAGUGAAAUAAACAAUAAAUAUUAACAGUAAACCUUACACUCAGAAGUUCCAAAAGAAUAAAGACAUUUCAAAUGUCAUAUUAUGUAUAUAUACAGUGUUGUAAUAAUGUGCAAAUAGUUAAAGUACAAAUAUGGGUUGUAUUUACAAUGGUGUUUGUUCUUCACUGGUUGCCCUUUUCUUGUGGCAACAGGUCACAAAUAUUGCUGCUGUGAUGGCACACUGUGGUAUUUCACCCAGUAGAUAAGGGAGUUUAUCAAAAUUGGGUUUGUUUUCGAAUUCUUUGUGGAUCUGUGUAAUCUGAGGGAAAUAUGUGUCUCUAAUAUGGUCUGACAUUUGGCAGGAGGUUCGGAAGUGCAGCUCAGUUUCCACCUCAUUUUGUGGGCAGUGUGCACAUAGCCUGUCUUCUCUUGAGAGCCAGGUCUUCCUACGGCGGCCUUUCUCUCUCUCUCUCUCCCUCUCUUUCUGACAGAUGCUGUCCAAGCCUAAGUUCUAGCCUAUCUCUCUCUCUCUCUCUCUCCCUCUGUCUCUGACAGCUGCUGUCCAAGACUAAGUUCUAACCUCUCUUUCUGUGUGUGAUAGCUGCUGUCCAAGCCUAAAUUUUAACCUCUCUCUUUCUCUUUCUCUCUCUCUCUCUGUGACAGCUGCUAUCCAAGCCUAAGUUUUAACCUCUCUCUUUCUCUCUCUCUCUGUGUGACAGCUGCUGUCCAAGCCUAAAUUCAGCGGGGUGGAGAAGAUAAAGACUAUUGGCAGCACCUACAUGGCUGCUACUGGGCUCAACGCUACACCUGGACCUGAAUACACACAGGUACAUGACACACAUACACACAUCACUGUAGGGAUAAGUUACCUUUCUCCUCUCUGAAUGACAGCUCAUAGUGUGAACUGGAGGAGAUAUAUUUUAAACCCACAGAAAUGAUCAAACUCAGCUACAGCAUCAACCCACCUCCAAUUACAGGUGUAAAGCUGUGUGAUAGUGCUAAACAACUCUCCCUCUCGCUCCUCAUUAUCCUUCUCUCUUGCCCUUUUCUGUCUAUUUCAUAUCUCUCUACAUUACCAUUUAUCUCUCCCUCUCUCUAUCUCCCCCUCUUUCCCCCUCUCCCUUCUCUUCCCCCCCCCCCCCCCCCCUCUCCUUACACUCUCUUUCUCUCUCUCUCUCCUUACACUCUCUUUCUCGCUCUCUCUCAGGAGCAUGACCGUCAGUACAUGCACAUUGGCACCAUGAUGGAGUUUGCCUUCGCCCUGGUCGGGAAACUAGAUGUCAUCAACAAACACUCCUUCAAUGACUUCAGGCUACGAGUUGGUAUGUGUGUGUGUGUGAGGGAGAGAGACACAAGAGAGAGAGAAGAUAGAAGGAGAGAGAGAGAGAGAGAGAGAGAGAGAGAGAGAGAGAGAGAGAGAGAGAGAGAUUGAGAGAGAGAGAGAGAGAGAGAGAGAGAGAGAGAGAGAGAGUACAGUCUGUCUUACAUGGGACCUCAAACCCCUCUUCCUGGUUCUGUCAGGGAUAAACCAUGGUCCGGUGAUUGCGGGGGUGAUCGGAGCUCAAAAGCCUCAGUAUGAUAUCUGGGGGAACAGUGUUAAUGUGGCCAGCCGAAUGGAGAGUACUGGGGUACUGGGGAAAAUACAGGUAAUCAAUUCAUACAGUUAUAAUACAGCUAUACUAAUAGUAAUGCUAAAAUAAUACUAGCUUCAUGCAGUUUUAUGUUAUACCACUAGGAGACGCUGCAGAAAUAGGUCAAGGUUAAUGAAUUCAGUAUACAGUUACAGAGCAGAUGUUAUGCAAAUGUAGAUAUAUAAUAAUGCAGAACUAUACAGUAUACUCAAAGCCAUUCUUCGAGUAUUGUUCUUUCCUGAUUAAGUAUUCAGUUAUUAAUAUAAAAUAAUACAUUUAACCGAGAUCCUAUUAAGAGUUCAAUAUGUAAUUCUAUGGAAUUUUCUGCCUACAUGUGAUUUGUUCAGACAUGCUGCUUUGUGUUUUCGCUACUUCCAGGUAACCGAGGAGACGAGUCGUAUCCUGUUGACUCUGGGCUACAUGUGUUCAUGUCGCGGCAUCAUCAAC